CACAGUGCUCCAAGGAGGGUGUGUGACGCGCGAACCGACCCUUCACCGUGUUCCUGUCUUGCAGGCCGCCCCUCAGCCGCCCCGCCCCGCACCUCAGCUACACCUGGAUGAUACCACCGUGUGCCCCAGCCACCAGUGCCACAGUGGAUGAUAAUGUGCUAGUGAUGAUGCCCAAGUGGCAGUGCCCAGGAGUGGAGUUGUAACUCGAGUUUUCUCCACCUCCUUCUGACGGUGGUGGUCGUCAAUGUUCGUACCGGAACAGUGCCACGAGAAGAUGGCUCUGGUAGUGCCCCCUGGGUCGACGUGGCGCGACCCGCCCGUGUCUCUGCCGCCCACUACGGGCGAGGAUGUGACCCGGGAGCUGGGUGCCAGCGUCACCCCUCAGCCCGCCGCCCCACAGACGCCCACGCCCAACUCGACUGCGGGCAGCGCGCCCUCGUCGGCGCCCAGUCCUACGGGCGAUGACAAGAACGCCCAGAACAUGACGUGUGUCGUGUGCAGCGACAAGAGCUCUGGGAAGCACUAUGGCCAAUUCACCUGUGAAGGAUGCAAGAGCUUCUUCAAGCGGUCAGUGAGACGGAAUCUACAGUACUCGUGUAGAGGUAACCGUAACUGCCCCAUCGACCAGCAUCACCGCAACCAGUGCCAGUACUGCAGGCUCAAGAAAUGCUUCAAGGUCGGCAUGAGGAGAGAAGCUGUGCAGCGAGGUCGAAUCCCACCUUCACAGGGCAUGGGUAUGCCCAGCCAGUUCAUGGCCAAUGGUGACACUCUCAACGGGCACACUUACCUCUCUUCAUAUAUCUCACUGUUGCUGCGUGCCGAGCCCUUCCCCACCUCGCCCUACGGCCAGUGUAUGAACGCUAACAACAUCAUGGGCGUGGACAACAUCUGCGAGCUGGCCUCUCGCUUGCUCUUCUCAGCCGUGGGCUGGGCCAAGAACAUCCCCUUCUUCCCUGAGCUGCAGGUAACGGAUCAGGUAGCGCUGCUGCGGCUGGUCUGGUCGGAGCUCUUCGUUUUAAACGCCUCUCAGUGCUCCAUGCCCCUCCAUGUAGCGCCGCUGUUGGCUGCCGCAGGCCUCCAUGCCUCGCCCAUGGCGGCGGACAGAGUAGUCGCCUUCAUGGACCAUAUCCGCAUCUUCCAAGAGCAGGUGGAGAAGUUGAAGGCGCUCCACGUGGACUCCGCUGAGUACUCCUGUCUCAAAGCCAUCGUCCUCUUCACCUCAGACGCGUGUGGACUGAGUGACCUGUCACACAUCGAGGGUCUUCAAGAGAAGUCUCAGUGUGCCCUGGAGGAAUACUGUCGGACGCAGUACCCCAACCAACCCACCAGGUUCGGCAAGCUGCUGCUGCGCCUCCCGUCCCUGCGCACGGUCUCAUCUACCGUCAUAGAACAACUCUUCUUCGUCAGACUGGUCGGCAAGACGCCCAUAGAGACACUCAUCAGGGACAUGUUGCUCUCCGGGUCGACAUUCAACUGGCCAUACAUGGGUAGCAUGUGACAGGCGGCUCUGGGCACGAAUCCUGGCCUCACCCCUGGGAACGUGCCCACCUCCGCUGCCUCACACGCCCUCUCCUCCGCCG